AGUCAUUCACUUAGUGGCUAGAAUGGUGUCGGGACUGUUGAAUUUGAAUUUAAUUUUUAGUCUUAUAUUUCUUUCCUUGUGUAUUCGAAGCAGUGCAAGCAAUUCGUCAUCAUUGAAAGGAGCUUUUAUUAUAUUCAGACAUGGACAUCGAGCCCCAUAUCGCAGUUAUCCUAACGAUCCUCAUAAAGACUACCCAUGGGAAGGGGGAUUUGGUUUCCUAUCACAGCUCGGUGUUCGUCAAGUGUUCGAACUUGGCGUAAGAUUUCGUGCGCGUUAUCAAACUCUUAUGCCAAAGGAUCAGGUUUAUGGUCGAUCACCGGUAAGAAUCCGCAGCAGUGCUGAAACACGUUGUCUGAUGAGUGCACAAAGCUUUAUGGCAGGCUUCCUACCGCCUCCUAAGAAAUGGGUCCUUCCAAUCAGGUGGCAGCCCGCAGUGAUUGAAUCCGUACCAAAGCCACAGGAUAGUGCGAUUGCGCAGGAAAAAUAUUGUUCAAAAUACAACAUGACCAUUGUCGAAAGAACUAAUUUGGACAAUCAGGAAAUUAUGGAUUUCAUGGGACCAAAAUUUUAUUUGUUUAGCUACAUAAGUGAACAUAUGGGAAUGCGCAUUACAUUACUGCAUGAUAUUGUUCGUCUCGUUGACACUUUGCAGCAAGAGAGUAAGGUUGGCUUGCAAAUACCGAGUUGGGCGUUGGACUUGUAUAAUGACACUUUGAUUCCUUUGGAUCUACUUUCACACCACCUCACGUACCAAACUAAACUCUCCUAUGUUAGAGCGGGGAGCUUACUGAAUGAAAUUAUGAAAUAUUUAGAUAACUUCUCGAAGCCAUCAACAAAUAAACGAAGGAUAUCAAUCAUGUCUGGCCAUGAUCUGACGGUGGGAUCAAUUGCUUACUUACUUGGUUUCAAUAGCCAGAUACCUUUGUUGGUUGACUUUGCCUGUACUCUAGCCAUUGAGUUGUAUGAGAGCCCACAACUUGGAGAUGAUUAUGAAAUUAAGUUCCUGUUUUUCAGAAAUCAUGCAGAUGAUAAUCCAAUUCAGAUCAGAAUUCCAGAGUGCAGUUCACCCUGUUCGAUUAAGACUUUCAGAAAGAUAGCAGAAUCUAAAGUUGUGGAUGAUUACGACCGCGUUUGCAACAACUACCACGAAAAUGACGUGCACUUUGUGAACUUAUAAAUAAUAAAGUACCCCAUAACAAAAAAUUGCUGUUCCUUUAUAAUUAAUUGGGCAGUUCAAGUGCCGCCAUUUCUUACGAAUUGAAGAUUAAAAUUCUGAGAUUAUGCAUUAAUAUUUUAUUUAAAUAAACUCGUAUAAAAAAUU